CUCAGUACGCAUGCGCGUCGAUUUGAAGAGACUACGCCAUAUUGGAUUCACUUAGGAAUCCACUAGCCUUAUUUCAGCUAGCGGUGUAAAGGACCAAUUUAUUAAUGGUCUCUAAACGGUUUCAUGUUUAGUCCUCCUAUUUUCGUGAGCUAGGUAUCUUAACCCUUCCCCGGACCUGGACGUCGCGUCAUUGUAACGGGCAGUGCUUUUUCACACACUCGGAGUGGCCACCUACAAGAAGUUGAAUGGAUCCGAGGGUAGCUUGGAUUCAGCCCGAACAGAAAGGACCUGCGAACGCCUUAUGGAUGCACGUCUGGGAGACUUCUCAGGGAGUACGGGACCUCUCUGGCCGGCAUCACAAUCAGAAACACAGCCCGUGUUUGAACUACCCUACGUUGGACGUUUUUAAAAAUGUCGCGGCCGUGGUGUCAAGUAAUAGCUUUUGCAGCAGCAACGGUAACGUGACUGCUGGUCUGAGCAGCAGCCAUCGUAGCAUCAUGAACGGCACUAGUAUUAAUGGCACUGCAAUUUCUUCCCUCGGCAUGGCGAUAUCGAAUGGGAACGUACAGAACUCUUUGACCCCGCCGGCCAACGCGAAUGGCAACGGUGUGACGGUGGAUUUAGGUGAGGGAAAGAUGUCCCAAACGACGGGGUCUGUUUCCUCCUCUUUGCAGGAAUCAGGAACGGACCGUCUCUCUUCCAAGUGCUCAUUAGACCGGACUUUUAGUGCAAACGGAACGGGGAAUAUAAAUAAAAACGCUGGCGGUGCCAAUUUUAUCUUUAACUUCAGUGACCGCAUGCACAAUAAUGUUAACCAAUACCAUCGCCACCUUCAGGAGCCUCCACCUUUCAAUUUGCAACAAAUUUGUGUAAAGGGGCACCAGAUUCCCCCUUCCAUACCUCUAAAUCACCACAAUCACCAUCCAGGCCGAAGGAAAAGUGACAACAAGGCGAGCACUUAUGGGAUGAAUUACUUGCUUUCAAACUGCACUAAUGGUAAUUAUGCUAUUACCUGGAUGCCAUGGAACACGAGGAAAUACAACCCAGGACUUCUUGGCCUCCAUGAGGAGAUUGUGGACUUCUACAACUUCAUGUCUCCUCGACCAGAGGAGGCGGCCAUGAGGAAGGAGGUCGUCAACAGGAUAGAGACGGUCAUCAAGGAGCUCUGGCCCAACGCUGAGGUCCAGAUAUUUGGCAGCUUUAGCACAGGACUCUAUCUUCCGACAAGUGACAUUGACCUGGUGGUGUUUGGGAAGUGGGACCGCCUCCCUCUCCAAGAGCUGGAGCAGGCCCUGCGGAAACACAACGUGGCCGAGCCCUUCUCCAUCAAAGUGCUGGACAAGGCAACGGUGCCAAUCAUCAAGCUGACAGACCAGGAGACGGAGGUCAAGGUGGACAUCAGCUUUAAUGUGGAGACGGGCGUCAAGGCCGCAAACUUCAUCAAAGAAUAUGUUAAGAAGUAUCCAAUGCUGCCUUAUCUCAUCUUUGUGCUGAAGCAGUUCCUCCUGCAGCGGGAUCUCAACGAGGUCUUCACCGGGGGCAUCAGCUCCUACAGCCUCAUCCUCAUGAUCAUCAGCUUCCUCCAGCUCCACCCACGCAUCGACGCACGCAACCCCAGUGAGAACCUGGGCGUGCUGCUCAUCGAGUUCUUCGAGCUCUACGGCCGCCACUUCAACUACCUGAAGACGGGCAUCCGUGUCAAGAACGGAGGCGCCUACAUGGCCAAGGAGGAGCUGAUGAAGGCCAUGAACGCCGGCUGCAGGCCGUCCAUGCUCUGCAUAGAGGACCCCCUGCUCCCAGGCAACGACGUUGGCAGGAGUUCGUAUGGCGCCAUGAACGUGAAGGACGUGUUUGACUACGCAUACACGGUCCUCAGCCACGCUGUGCCACCCCUGGCGCGGUCGUACCCCAACAAAGACUGUGGCAGCACUCUGGGGAGGAUCCUCCGGCUGACCCAGGAGGUGAUCGACUACCGGGAGUGGAUCAUCAAGAAGUGGGGGGGCAGGCAGCUGGCACGAACCGAGAGCCGUGGCUGUCUCCCCAAGGAGGUGGCGUCCGAGGCGGAGCCGGAGCCCGCCGUCAGGGCGGCGGAGGAGCAGAGGGACUCCAGCUCCCCCCACAGCGCCGACUCCCCCAUGUCCAUGUCCAGCCCCCGGCAGCACUCGUCUGCCUCCUCGGUGUCCUCUCUCUCCGGGUCGGACAACGACUCUGACUCCACACCGUCGUGUCCGGUGGCCCCGCCCGCCCUGCACCCCUACGCCUCCUUCCAGACGCUGGGCCUCGCCCUGCCCCCCAGCCUGGGCCUGCCGCCGGGCCUGCCCAUGGCCAAGCCCUGCCGCCUCAUCAUGCCUGCUGGGUCGCAGGCGCACGUCUCGCUGCCCGGGGCUCUCUCCAUGCACUCCAUACCUGGUCGCCAGGUGUGUAUCGACGCCAGCAACCUGCCCACCUUCUUCCACCUGCCCCCCCCAGCCCACGCCAUUGUCUCCACCCCCAGCAGCCCCCAGCCGCCGGCCAGCCCCCACCCCAACCACACGCACAAGAACAUAGCAAAAUUCAACGUCAAGGGCUUCCACAACCCAGCACUGGUCAGCAGUCCCGUCCUGACCACCCGUGGACACACGCACGCCCACACACACACGCAGUACCACCGUACCUCCUGGCGGCGCAGGAAGCGGGACGGCCUCCCCGUCAGCCUCAGCAGAUAGAGGCCACCGCUCACCCCCUCCGCGCCUCUGACCCAUCCCGCCGCCCCGAGCUUCGUCUGGAAGGACUAACGGACAGACAGCCACCGACGGGCAGGCAGGCACUCGGACAGACUGACAGCCAGAGCAGCUAACUGUUUUUAGUGGGCAGCACCCACGCUAAGCGACCCA